AUGGAUUCCCCAUCCAAGUCCAUUUCAAGCGAAGAUGUCGCUGUCUUUGACAGUAAGAUACAGACGUAUCAGACGGUAACUGGGCAGGAGGAGUCAUUUGAGUUUAGCGAGCUCGAACAGAAAAAGCUGGAUAAAAUUUACAGGAAAAUAGACUUUCGCAUCUUGCCUGCUUUAUUUACAUUAUAUUUCUUAACGUCGUUUGCUGACUCGGCGUAUGGUGUAGCUCUUACCAUGAAUAUGGAACAGGGCCAUUCAGUUAUCCAGGCACUUAAACUCAGUCCUAAUGAUGUAUCUCUGGCUACUGCGCUAAACUUUGUGGGAUUCAUUGUUUUUGAUGUCCCUAUGAACCUAAUAAUGACUCGGGUUGCUCCUCAGGCCUGGAUGUCUCGUAUUGUCAUCUCAGUUGGUUUGGUAUAUGCAUGCUUUCCUGCUAUAACUUCGGCCAGUGGCCUGACUGCUGCUCGAUUCUUCGCAGGAAGCUGUGUAGCUGGAUGUUGGCCUGGUAUGGCUUACUUCAUUUCACUUUGGUAUCCUAACCGCCGUAAAGCUCGCAGAAUUGGCUACUAUUUUACUGCUGCACAAUUGUCAGCAGCUGUAGCUGGUCUUGUCUCGGCAGGAUUCCAGAAAAUGGACGGUAUGAGAGGACUCUUUGGAUACCAGUGGAUGUUCUUGGUUUAUGGAGUCGUUACUAUUUGUGUUGGUAUUUCUCUUAAUUGGUGGCUUCCAGGAAGACCUUUGGCAUUUGGAAAUGAAGACGGCCGUUUUAAGAACAGAAUUUUGCGAUUCUUGACUGCUGCUAUCAAAGACGGAUCGAACGUUCUUACCCCAGAAGAGAGAGAAUUACACGCAAGAGACAUGGCUGCCAGUUAUAGCAAGCCUCCUGUCUGGGGAUUAUCUGAGCUUUGGAAAGUUUUCAAAGAUGUCAGAAUCUGGCCUUUGAUCAUGAUGUAUUUUGGUGUGGUAGGCGCAGGAUAUGGUCUAGCGGUAUUUGCUUCAACAAUCAUAAACAACAUCAAUCCAAAUCUCUCUUCAAUUGACCUCUCGUUGCUGGUGGCACCAAUUUGGCUGUUUGAUCUUGCAGCCAUUCUUCUAAUCACACCAUUUUCGGACAAAUACUCUAGACAUCGUGGUAUUGUUUUCUCGUUUGCAACCUUGAUUAUUAUUACGGGUUUGCUCGUGACAACAUACGCACCCGGUCCCUGGAGCAGAUAUGGAGGUUUGCUAAUUUCUGGGUUUGGACUGGGUCCUACUGUACCAAUUUGCAUGACAUGGGCAGCAGAAAUCUUUGGUCCUCGCCACGGCGAUUUGGGUACAGCAGCAUCAGCUGCUCUUGUUUCGGGCCUAGGUAACUUGGGAUCUGUUACAACAUGUUAUGCUCUUUAUUCAGGCUGGCCUGCGGAUGCUGCUAGAGGCUACCGUGAUAGUAACAUGGUCAUGGUUGCUAUCCUAGGCGUCAGUAUCAUUGCGGCAGGUGCCUGUACUGCUGUUCGUUGGGCUCUAGGAGAUCUUAAAAAGACAAACACCACAGCCUCGCUCCACGAUAGAUUUUAA